AAGCACAGUCUGUUUGUUAUUAAUCUUCAAAACACUCUAAAUCCCAAAACCCCAAGCUCAUUUCUCCCACUCGGACAGUCUUGCACAGAUGACUGGUCCUCGACCCGCUCGAGCAAACACUGCAUAGCCUCCGCCGAGUAAAUUCUAAAACCCUAAACCAGGGCUUUUACAUAUUCUCUUAUAACCCCCCCAAAAAAUGGACGAAGGAAUGCAGCCAUUCCAACAAAGCUUAAUCGAGCUCGAAAACGAAGCCGAGCAUCUCCUAUUAGCUCGAAAUCAGGUGAUUGAAAAUGAUAAAGAGAGGAACGGGAACAGAGAAGCAUUGACAGCUUUAAGGAAGAGAGCCAGGACUACAAAAACUAGCAUAAAGUCUCCUUUUGAGUCGAUAAUGAAGGAUAUUGGGAAGUCGGGAUCAAGGACUGCUCCUUUAGUGAAAGAAAUUUGUGGGACUUGUGGUAAUCAUGACGAGAAAGAGAAAACUUGGAUGAUGUUUCCAGGAAGUGAUGUUUUUGCUUGCAUUCCAUUUCAUGCUACUCACACUAUCUUGGACAAAUAUCAAGAAAGGCUUGAAUAUGAAGCAAAAAAACUUCAAAGCUAUGUAAAGGAAAAGACCUUUCUUAUUUCAGAAAAAGGUGUGCUCGCUGACAUGAUUAGCCCGGGUGUGCUUAGGUCCUUAGUAACCUUAACAGACAAACCAAAGUAAACUAGGCUUGUAAACUUAACCUUGCCUGUUCAAUAAUGGUUUCGCAAAUGCUGUGUGUUGUCUCUAGUUUAUCUUUCCAUGUUCAGUUACAACUCGGACAAGAAUUGAGCUGUAUUUCAAA